AAUGAAAUAACCAUCCUAUAGAUGUACAGAAAAACUGUGGAAACCAAUAGUAAGACCACCAAGACAUAAUUAUAGACUCAAAGAUAUGGGAAAUGAGAUAUUCAUGGUUUCAGAUACUGUUACUAAACGAUUUGACUUUGAAAUUUAAAACUCUAGAAGAUUGAUUUUGUAAUGCAGGUAUUUUAACCAUAUUAUUUUAAGUUUAUUUGAACCAAUAAGAAUGUAAGACAAACCACAUCCAUGUAUGAUUUAUUUACAUGGGAACUCAAGCAGUAGAGUGGAAGCCUUAACUAUUAUUGAAUACUUAAUUCCUUAGAAUAUAUCUGUAUGUGGAAUCGAUUUGUCUGGUAUCUAUCUUAAUAAUUAUUCAUAGGUUCUGGAUAAUCUUAAGGUGAAUAUAUUUCUUUAGGAUAUUAUGAAUCAAGAGAUGUUAUAGACCUCUAUGAAUAUUUAAGAGACAAAAAAGUAAGUAAGCCUCAUAAUUAUAAGUCUAACAGCCUUUUAUUACUUAAAUUGGAUUGUGGGGUAGAUCUAUGGGUUCAGUGACUGCUAUCCUUGCAGCUAAUCUCAAUAACAAUUUCAAAGUUUUAGUGUGUGAUAGUCCUUUCUCUAAUUUAACUCAUCUCUGUUAAGAAUUAGCAUCAAAUAAUUAUAACAUACCUAAUUGUUGUUUUAAUUGUUUCUGGUGUAUCAUUAAAGCCAAAAUAAGAAGAGAGGCCAAAUUUAAUAUUGAUGAUCUCAAUAUCUCUUAACUCAUUCAAAGUAAGAUCAAAUUCAUAAUUUUUAGCUUUGCCUACAGAUGUUUCUAUUGUAUUCUUAUCAGCCAAGUAGGACUAAUUGAUAGUUGAAAAACAUCCUAAAAUUCUUAUGGAAAAAUUUAGAGGAAAUAAAUUACUGAAAUAAUUUGAAGGAACUCAUAAUUCUAAAAGGCCUUUGAAUGUUAUGAAAGAAACUGUCUAAUUUGUUAUUAUGUAAUUUGAUAAAUAUUCUUGGAAUUAAAACUAAGGCUUAAGAGAUAAUAAUAAAAUAUUUAAUAACUAAAAAGAUUAAAUUCCAAUUCCUGAUGUUGAUGCUCCCUUAUUGUAACCAGAAAAACCUUAUAUAUCCAAAUCUGAGAGAUGA